AUGAAUGGAGUGUUUGCAGUCUACAAGCCUUCUGGAAUGUCGUCUGCUAAGUUUAUCAGCGACAUCCAGGAGGUUUUCACGAAAUCGGGAGUUUUUGAAGAAGAUUUGAAUAAGGCAAAGAGCAAAGCCUUUGCUGAUUUGAGUACCAAUGCCAGAUGGUCCAAGCAGAAAGUUCAGAACAGGGUGCGGAACUUAAAGGUGAAAAUUGGCCACGGUGGAACCUUGGAUCCACUUGCCAGCGGAGUUUUGGUUGUUGGUGUAGGGUUGGGAACGAAGAAGUUACAGUACUACUUAAGUGAAUGUAAUAAGACUUAUGAGACUAAAGCAUUGUUAGGAUUAUCCACAACUACAGGUGACUCUGAAGGUGAAAUCAUAACCAAAAACCCUGUUAACCACAUCACCAAGGAGAUGAUUUUAGAAACAGCUCCUAAAUUUGUAGGUCAUGUCAAGCAGACUCCCCCAAUUUUUUCAGCUUUGAAAGUAGACGGAAAACCGUUGUACGAAUACGCCAGAGAAGGUAUUCCUCUUCCAAAGGCCAUCAAGACUAGAGAUAUUCAAAUUUUCGAUAUCAAAGUCCACGAGGAAAACUCCUUGAGCACUGAACAUGAAUUUGAAAAGUUGAAAAGUGAGCUUGAUGCUGAUGGAAACCCCAAAGAAAACGGAUUGGCAAAUAACCCAACUCUUAACGAUUCUCCUUUAUACUUUUCUGAUGAGUAUAUGGAAAAGGCCGAACUGGAAAACUUGCCCAAGACAGUAGAUAAACCCUUAGUGUUUGGUGAAGGAGAAGAUUUGCCUGAAAAGUUACCGUUGAUUCAUUUUACUUCUGACGUUUCCUCCGGUACCUACAUCAGAAGUUUGAUCAGUGAUUAUGGAAGAGCGUUGAGGUCAUCGGCUUACAUGGUUGAGUUGAUCAGAGUCAGACAAUCAGAAUGGUCUUUAGACAAGAAUGUUUUCAAGUUUGAGGACUUUACAGAGAAUGACGAAAGAAUAUGGGGUCCCGUAUUGAAGCGUGUAUUGGACAACGGUGGUGAGGUUAAUGUGGCAGAGGCAUUUGAUGAAGUCAGAGCAAAAGUUCUUCCAGUGAUUGAAAAGGAGAAGGAGCUACUUGCUGAGAGUGAAACGAAGAGCGAUGAACAGCAGAACGGUGAUUCAGAGCUUCCCAAGAAGAGAAACAUAGACGAGUUAGAAUCAUAG